AUACCCAGCCCUCCCCCCCACACACACACGUACGGAACUAGAGGAAUAGGACAGGACAGCCAGGGAUCACCAUGGGCAUCAUGUAAGAAAAACACAGACGGCCAACAGAAUUUGGCGCCAAGAUUCACAGAGAAGAGAGACAGCGAGAGAAAGAGAGACAGAGAGAGGGAGUGAGAGAGCACAUGUAUGGGUCCAGGACCUAGAAACUGCAGCCGGGCGAUGGAGGAGUCAACUUUUGGGGCACGUUUGGGCGGCACUGGCACACCAGUCCCACGCCAGACCCGCAGCUGAGGGCACCACUCCCAGAGGACAAGUCCACCCACCCAUCCCUCUCUAGCUCACAUCCUGGCCCUCCACUCUCUGGCAGCAGGCGUCGGGAGCGUCGGGAGCGUCAGGAGCGUCAGGAGCGUCAGGAGCGUCGGGAUGAACGUGCCUCAGAUGGCGCUGCGGUGGGCAUGCCUCUUCUGCCUGUGCCGGGGGGCCUUCAGCAGCAGCACCCACAAGACCCACAGCCGCAAGAAGAACAAGGACGUCUUCUUGGGGGAGAACGCCAAGAACAAACACGGAGGGCGGAUAGACUUUAAGAUGAAGAAAUCAGACAGUACCAAGUCUCUGCUCAUCAAAUCUGAACAGCUCCUGAGGAUUGAGGACCAUGACUUUGCCAUGAGACCUGGCUUUGGAGGUGCAGCCAUUCCAGUGGGUAUCGAUGUCCAGGUCGAGAGCAUUGACAGCAUCUCUGAAGUCAACAUGGACUUCACCAUGACCCUAUACUUGAGGCACUACUGGCAGGAUGACCGUCUGGCCUUCCCCUCCAGUAGCAAUAAGAGCCGCACGUUUGACGCUCGCCUGGUGAAGAAGAUCUGGGUUCCGGACGUGUUCUUCGUUCACUCCAAACGUUCCUUCAUCCAUGACACCACCAUGGAGAACAUCAUGCUAAGGGUCUACCCUGAUGGGAACAUCCUCUACAGUGUUAGGGUUACUGUAACAGCCCUCUGUUCUAUGGACUUCAGCAGUUUCCCCCUGGACACACAGAACUGCUCUCUAGAAUUGGAGAGCUACGCCUAUAAUGAGAACGACCUCAUGCUCUACUGGAAGAACGGGAACGAUUCACUAAGGACUGAUGAGAUCGUGCUCUCACAGUUUUUUAUUGAAGAAUUCCAGCCUUCCUAUGGGCUAGCCUUUUACAGCAGCACCGGCUGGUAUAACCGUCUCUACAUCAACUUUAUUCUGCGGAGACACAUCUUCUUCUUCAUGCUGCAGACCUACUUCCCCACCAUGCUGAUGGUCAUGCUAUCCUGGGUGUCCUUCUGGAUCGACCGCAGGGCCGUCCCCGCCCGUGUCUCACUAGGUAUCACCACGGUGCUGACCAUGUCCACCAUCAUCACGGGCGUGUCGGCCUCCAUGCCCCAGGUGUCCUACGUGAAGGCGGUGGACAUCUACCUCUGGUCAAGCUUCCUCUUCGUCUUCCUCUCCGUCAUCGAAUACGCAGCCGUUAACUACUUCACCACCGUGGAGGAGAUGAAGAGGCUCAAGAAGGGCACGAUGCCUGCCUCCUACAACGCCAACCAGGCCAUGGCGUUUGACGGCUGUUUCCAUGACGAGAUCGACCUAUCACCUUUCCCCGAGCUGCCCACCACGCCCAACACAGACCGUACAGUGGCCCCCCGGAACUCGUCCUCGCCCGCGGAUCCGCCCCCGACUGAGGGCACACGCCUGUGGCGCCGACGGUCCGUGCGUCACAACCUCAGAUUCAUCAUGAGCAACAGCUACAUGAUCGACUCCUACUCGCGCAUCAUCUUCCCCCUGGCCUACCUGCUCUUCAACAUCAUCUACUGGUGCAUGUACUCCUGAGGCACACACACACACACACACACACACACACACACACACACACACGCUGAUGACGCUGCAGCUCACCCGCAAACUAUUUGAGCUGAUGUGCAACCGUGACAUUGAUUUUAUAACUGAUGACGGUGUUGGACUGCUGAAGGGAAGGACAGGACAGCUCUGCGAGAGACCAGGAGUGUUACUGUGUAUGUGCACAGUGGGCAAGCACCCACAACAUCAACCUCCUCUUUGACUACAACUCCAUCAACCCUGGUUCUGCAUGAAGUACUCUUCACUGAAGACUGGCCUAACUUUCAGUCCAGUUCCCCUAUCUACUAUUUCCUUCACUAGUAUGUACUUCACCACCCCUCAGUAUGUACUAAAAGUAUGCACACUAUUACUGUACAGUCUUCUACUACAGUACCCUAAGGAUCUACACUACCUACAUUUACCCACCAUGGUAACAGGAGGACAUCAUGAUUACCAUGACAACAGACCUCUUACUUCCUUGGAGCCCAUCGACUCCUUUCAGUUCUGCCACAGGACCAGGAACACGUCUGACACACACAGCACUAAAGGUCUCACCAAGACACAAGAAUGAUGCGCUGCUGGCUGCCAUAGUGCACCCUGGGAGAUUACAGAGGCAGUAAGAGAGGAUUGUGGGAUAUCUGAAUGCAGUGUGCCCUGGGAGAUUUUUUUUAUAUGAAGAGGUGGAGGACAUAACUUGCUUCCUUAAUGUGAGAUUCCUGAUAUUCUGAUGUUUCCUGUGGUGGUAACAGCCUUCAAAUGCAGUGACUGGCUGUGGUGUCACGGGCUACAAUGGCAGCACAGUCCAACAGAAUAACUGCAGUCUAACUUCGGCUAAGUAAUAGAAGCUAGCACGCAUCUAUGAGAGAUCUAUUUCAGCGCAUUCUCUAGGUGUUUGCUUAAAAGUUCAUAAAUUAUUAUUUGUAUUUAAUAUACGUUAUGAACUUGUUAAGUUUGGUUUAUUAUUUCAUUUCAAUUGAACU